CAUUCAGUGCUGGAAAGGAGUCGCUACUGGUAAACUGAAUGCAUCUCUUUUCCAAUGAUCAUUUUUGGCUCAUAAGAGAAAACUUAUUUUAGAAGAUAACAGAAAACGUCAAUAAGAUGCCCAGUGAGGGAGUUCAAAGUAACUGUGGGCCAGAAGGCCAAAUUUCUGGGGAGAGCAAGUGCAGGAUGCAGAGCCCUCCUUGUAACACCUCACACAGGGCUAUGGCUACGGCUGUGACCUUCGAGGGAGAAGCCGGCACUGAAAAAAGGAAAAAGAGGAGGAAAGAGUCCAGGCCAGAAUCAAUAAUUGUUUAUCGUUCAGGGACCGAAAACAAGGUGGAAGAAGAACAGGCAGAGGAGGACGGGGGUGAGAGAAGUUCCGAGGAAGGCUCCAAAUUUUUGGGACACACUCUAGGAGAUGGUUCAUGGACUAUGCCUUUAGAUAGCAGGUAUGUUACUUUAACUGGAACCAUCACAAGAGGAAAGAAGAAAGGGCAGAUGGUAGACAUCCAUGUUACACUCACCGACAAAGAGCUGCAAGAACUGGCUCGGUCAAAGGAGCUUCCAAAAACAGAAAUGCCUGAAGGAAAAAAGACUUGUGAAGUUGGGAUGGAUAAAGGCCCCCAUGUCAUUCUCUGGACCCUUGCCUGCCUCCCUAUUAUCUUCAUUAUGUCCUUUGUCGUUUCCUUUUACUAUGGGACCAUUACUUGGUACAAUGUCUUCUUGGUGUACAAUGAAGAGAGAACCUUUUGGCACAAGAUCACCUUCUGCCCAUUUCUAAUUAUCUUCUAUCCUAUCAUCAUCAUGGUGGUUUCUUUCUCUUUGGGCAUUUAUACGGCAAUAACCCAAGUCUCCUGGGCCUUUGGAGAUUGGUGGCAUGCGGUGAGGGACAUGGAAAAAGGAUUUUGUGGCUGGCUCUGCAGCAAGAUGGGCCUGGAGGAUUGUUCUCCAUAUAGCAUUGUUGAGUUGCUAGAUUCAGACAAUGUCUCAGGUAGUCUGUCAGCCAAAGGCUCAGCACAGGGUGAAGAGGUCUCAGCUGUCUGAGUCUUUGCAUUAAGAGACUGCCUGUUUUGAACAUACAUAUUUUUUUGAAGCAUGUUACAAAAACCUGAUGCCAACUCAAGUAUCCAGAAACAAGACCACACAUGGGAUAGUCAUUUCUGCAUAGUAUGUCAACAUGAAAUAUUUGUUUCCAUUUCUGUGGAAAACGAUCUUUUCGUAGAAAGCUGGCAUGACCUGGAGGGUUCUAGCCCGGCUACACUCUAUGACUUGCUAAUAUUUAACAUGAUGCGGUUUUAUACCACUUCAGGUAGCAAAGAAGAGAUGCAUGUUUGAUGCCUGGAAAAUCUCCCUGCACAUUUAAAGAUGAAGAAUAAUUGAAAAGGCUGGGUUGAAGCCUUUUUUCUGACCACCUUGUUCCCUGGGUGCAAGGAUUUUUAAGAGAUCGCAUAUUUAAUUCUACGCUCCUACCUAGAGUGAAAUGGUUUCAUCUAGCAACCCAUUUACUACUAGAUUCAGCAGUCUAUAUGAACCAAGGGAUCAUGAAAUACCAGUAUGCUGGAGAAAAAGCUCCAGUUCCUUGUCAGAAUGAAUAUGGUUAGUUGGCUUAUGAGAUUAGCUAGGCUGAUCAGUUUCUGUUGGAUAGUAUUGAAUCACAUUGUGCAAGAUACUUGAGUUGGGCUGCAAAAAUUUGGAUAACAGUAAAGGUUUACAGGAAAAUAUGUUUCUUUGCUGCCGUCUAGUGGCUUUCUGAUUUUUUGUAGCCCAGAUCUUACUGAGGUUGCUUCUGUGGGAGGAAAGGAGUACAAAGGGAAAAUAGGUCCCAAAGUUUGGUGAUUUUUCAAAAUCUUCCACUGUGGAUAUUCUCGUCCAUCUUUCAAAUGAUGGCUGACGGAUGCUGAUGGCUGAAAUGCAUUUAACUGAGAGUGAUUCCCAUCAGGUACAAGAAUCCAUAGUUUGACUCAGAAAUCAGAAUCACAAAUAUAAUUUUCACAAAAGAAGCUGGGAACCUGAAUGCUGUAACAUAUGCAAACAUGUGUGGAAUCUACUCCCCAUUUUAUCCAGCCUCUUCCAAUUUCAAUUGCCAACUGAAUUUUAAGGCAAUGUACUGUUAGGGGGUGUCAGCUGUCACAUCUGAUGUAAUA